UAUUGCAAAUGCAGGGUUGCAUUCAACGAUUCAACUGAACAGGCGUCGUUGUUUUAAAAAGAGUUCGUUAGAUUGAAAUGUCAAAGAGAUCUGCUUACUGCUUGACUGUUUAUUGCAAUUUAGCCGCGUUGCGGUUUUAGAGCGAAGCUCCAGACUCUACGUAAAAUUCCCAUUUUCACCGGUUUUUUUUACAUCUAUUCAGAUACAUUUGUACUAAUGACAAUGACGCAGAGGACCGAAUUUAUUUUUCCAAUUUAUUCCAUGUUUUGAAAUUAUUUUUACAUUUUUCCGAACUGUUACAAAAAUCCGAUCAUUCUUAUUUCGUUGUGAUAAAUGUACACUGUAAUUACGACAAUCAUCUUCUGUAACUAUUCAUAAGAGUCACAAUGAAAAUCAACGUAAACACGAGAAUUGUCAGCAAAUCAAUUGUACUUGUACCCUACCGGGAAAAGCAUGUUCCAAGGUACCACCUGUGGAUGAAGUCUCCAGAAUUACAACAUUUGACUGGCUCAGAGCCAUUGACUCUGCAGGAAGAAUAUGAUAUGCAAAAGUCCUGGCGAGAAGAUGAAAACAAGUGCACAUUCAUUGUUCUGGAUCGUCAAAUAUUAUUGACCACUGGUCAAGAAAUUGAAUCUAUGAUAGGGGAUACAAAUUUAUAUUUCAAUAAUACUGAGGAGCCUUGUACCGCUGAAUGUGAAAUAAUGAUAGCAGAGGAGAGUGCCAGAGGACGUAAAAUGGGAAUGAGAGCCAUGAUACUUAUGUUUCGUUAUGGAAUUGACUUCUUGAAAGUCAAUAAAUACGUAGCAAAGAUAAAAUUGGACAAUGAUAGAAGCUUAGGAAUGUUCACAAAACUCGGAUUCAACGAGGUGAGCAAGAGUGCCGUAUUUCACGAAUCAACAAUGGAAAAACAGGUCGAUGACGAGUGGAUCAAAUGGUUAAAGGAAGAAACUCCUGAAUAUGAGAUAGAUGACAAUUGGCACGAAGACUCGACAGAAAAAUGUGUAAAUGAAAUUUCAUAAGUUUCCCACAAAAAUAUUCAACAAAUAAACAAAUUCGAUAAUAUCAGAGUAGAAGCGAUUGGACUGUUGUUUUCGGGUAUCAUCGGGCAAGAUCGUACGCCUGAAGAACGGAUAUAUAAAAUACCAGUUCAACUUUCAUAAAGAUAUCAGUCGCUCCAGAGGCGAGCACGAAGCAACAUCUCGUGUAUGUUUUUCUGUACAUGUUCUGUGAAUAUCGAAAUUGAAUAAACAAUUCGUAUUCUGUUUAUAAGAAAAUCCAAAA